AUGGAUUCGUCUUCAUCCGGGACCAUUGACGUCGAAAGUGUCCGUACGCAGAUUCGAAAGCGUCUGACCAUAACCUUUCGGGAUGUUAGUGUUCGUGUUACAGCACCGGAUGCAGCGCUGGGAGAUACGCUGUUAUCCGUGGCUAAUCCAUGGGAGUAUCUGGAUGGGCUCCGAAACAGUCGGCAACCGAAGAGGACGAUUAUCAAAGAUGUCACUGGACAGGUGAAACCGGGCGAGAUGUUACUGGUCCUUGGCCGCCCAGGAUCAGGGUGUACAUCGUUCCUACGAGUGCUGGCAAAUGAUCGUGCGAGCUUCGACGAGGUAGUCGGCGAGACACGAUAUGGAAGCAUGGAUCAUAAAGCUGCCCGACGGUUUCGGCAGCAGAUCAUGUUUAACAACGAGGACGAUGUGCAUUUCCCGACGUUGACGGUCAAUCGCACGAUGAAGUUCGCCCUGCGGAGUAAGGUUCCCCAUGAGAGACCGGUAGAUCUACCAGACAAGAAGGACUACAUGCAGGAUCGACGGGAUGGGAUCCUGAACUCGUUGGGGAUUUCCCAUACGAAGAACACUCUGGUGGGAAACGAAUUCAUCCGUGGCGUGUCAGGGGGAGAGCGCAAGCGUGUAUCUCUAGCAGAAGUCAUGGCAGGAGAGAGUCCGGUGCAAUUUUGGGAUAAUCCCACGCGAGGCCUUGAUUCCAAGACGGCGGUGGAAUUUGCCCGGAUGCUACGACGUGAAGCAAGUGAGAAUGAGAAGACGAUUGUAGCCACGAUGUACCAGGCCGGAAAUGGAAUCUACAACGAGUUUGACAAGAUACUGGUGCUGGCGGACGGCCGCGUGACAUACUAUGGGCCGCGGAGUAUGGCUCAGGCAUACUUCGAGGAUAUAGGGUUUGUUGUUCCCAAAGGAGCCAAUAUCGGGGACUUUUUGACCUCGGUGACGGUGGUCACCGAACGAACCGUACGGCCUGGCAUGGAGAACCAGGUGCCGAAUACGCCGGAAGAAUUCGAGGCUCGCUUUCGUUCCAGUCGCAUGUUUGUGCACAUGAUGGAGACGAUUGAACCGCCAGAGAAGCUCACCUACGAAGAGGAGGAACUUGGGUCAGCUGUUGCCAGUGAAAAGAGAAAGAAACACAUCCCGCGACCUCUGAGUCCCUAUACCACCAGUCUCUGGCAUCAGAUCGCUACUUGCACGAUUCGACAAUUCCAGAUCAUGUCUGGCAACAAGCUCUCACUCGCGGUCAAGAUCUUCUCGGCGAUAUUGCAGGCAUUGGUCACUGGCAGUCUGUUCUACAACCUCAAACUAGACAGUAGCUCCAUCUUCCUGCGUCCCGGUGUCCUUUUCUUCCCGAUUAUAUAUUUCCUCCUGGAUUCCAUGUCCGAGACAACCGCUUCCUUCAUGGGUCGUCCGAUCUUGUCCCGCCAGAAGCGAUUUGGGUUCUACCGUCCCACCGCGUUCUGCAUCGCCAAUGCCAUCACGGACAUCCCGGUGGUUAUAGUGCAGGUAUCCUGCUUCUCCCUGGUUCUGUACUUUAUGAGCGCACUGCAGAUGAAUGCGGAGCGAUUCUUCACCUUCUGGAUCAUCGUCAUCGCACAGACCCUCUGUUUUAUGCAGCUGUUUCGAGCCGUAGGUGCCCUGUGCAAACAGUUUGGUAAUGCAUCGAAGAUUUCGGGACUGCUGUCCACAGUCUUCUUCAUCUACGGCGGAUAUCUCAUUCCCUUCGAGAAAAUGCACGUCUGGUUCCGAUGGAUCUUCUAUCUCAACCCUGGUGCUUAUGCCUUCGAGGCUCUAAUGGCCAAUGAAUUCGUCGGGCUGCACUUGAGAUGCGUCCAGCCGGACUAUAUUCCCUACGGGGCUGGCUAUCCGGACGGAGCAUCGCCGUAUCGGGGCUGUUCUGUGCCUGGUAGCAACGAUGAUGGCAUGAUUGAUGGGGCAGUUUACAUUCGCGAACAGUAUAAUUAUUCUUUCCAUCAUAUUUGGCGCAGCUUUGGAGUCAUCGUGGGGAUGUGGAUAUUCUACAUCGCCUUAACGGCAGUGGGGUUUGAAAUGAAAAACAGCCAGGGCGGAUCCUCCGUAUUGCUGUAUAAAAGAGGCAGUAAGAAGAAAACGACUGGCAAUGAGGAGAGCAUCGAGAAGAAUGCCCAGUCUCAUGCAUCUACAGCGACUCUCACGCACACUGUGAAGCAGUCCACCUUCACAUGGAACCAUCUCGACUACCACGUUCCUUUCCAGGGAGACAAAAAGCAGCUGCUCAACCAGGUGUUUGGAUACGUCAAGCCGGGUAAUCUAGUCGCGUUGAUGGGGUGUUCUGGUGCAGGCAAGACAACACUGCUGGACGUGCUCGCCCAGCGCAAAGACAUUGGUGAGAUCCACGGGUCGAUUCUCAUCGACGGUCGACCGCAAGGAAUUAGUUUCCAGCGUACAACGGGAUACUGUGAGCAGAUGGACGUACACGAGGCAAGUGCCACUGUGAAAGAAGCGCUGGUUUUCUCUGCUCUUCUCCGUCAGUCAUCAACGGUUCCCCGGGAAGAGAAGCUGGCAUAUGUCGACCAGAUUAUUGAUCUACUGGAGCUACGCGACAUCAAGGAUGCUUUGAUUGGGGUUCCUGGAGCCGGUCUCAGUAUCGAACAGCGCAAGCGAGUCACGUUAGGCGUCGAACUGGUGGCAAAGCCUACUUUGCUGUUCCUUGACGAGCCCACGUCCGGUCUUGAUGGCCAGUCCGCAUACAAUAUUAUUCGGUUCUUAAGGAAACUAGUCGACGGUGGGCAGGCUGUGCUGUGUACGAUCCACCAGCCAUCGGCAGUUUUGUUCGAUGCUUUUGACUCUCUCCUCCUGCUAGCCAAGGGAGGUAGAAUGGCAUAUUUCGGCGAGACUGGUAAAGACUCCGCCCAAGUACUGGAUUAUUUCGCCAAAAACGGCGCACCCUGUCCUGUAGAUGCCAAUCCAGCCGAACACAUUGUCGAGAUCAUCCAAGGCAACGGCUACGAAAAGACCGAUUGGGUCGAGAUCUGGAAUGGAUCCGAAGAACGUCAGCGCGCAAUCGAGGAGCUCGAAACACUGAACAACCACUGUAGGGAGAAUACUCAUGAAGAGGAUGACCAGUCUGACUAUGCCACCUCGCACUGGUUCCAAUUUACUAUGGUCCUCCAGCGCCUUAUGAUUCAGUUGUGGCGGUCUCCUGAUUACAUGUGGAACAAAAUCAUCCUUCAUAUCUUCGCAGCCUUGUUCAGUGGAUUCACAUUCUGGAAGAUGGGUAAUGGCACGUUCGAUAUGCAAUUACGUUUGUUCGCCAUCUUCAACUUCAUUUUCGUGGCUCCCGGCUGUAUCAACCAGAUGCAGCCAUUUUUCCUACAUAACCGAGAUAUUUUCGAGACUCGUGAGAAAAAGUCCAAAACAUACCACUGGCUAGCCUUCAUCGGCGCGCAAGCCGUCUCCGAAGCCCCAUAUCUCAUAGUCUGCGCCACACUGUACUUCGCUUGCUGGUACUUCACUGCUGGGUUUCCGGUAAAUGCCAGCGUCUCCGGCCAUGUCUACUUACAAAUGAUCUUCUACGAAUUUCUAUACACCUCCAUCGGCCAAGCCAUAGCCGCAUACUCACCUACCGAAUACUUCGCCGCCACAAUGAACCCCCUGCUCAUAGGCGCGGGAUUGAUUUCCUUCUGUGGCGUCGUCGUCCCAUACAGUCAGAUACAGCCCUUCUGGCGGUACUGGAUGUACUAUCUCGACCCAUUCACAUAUCUGGUCGGUGGACUAUUGGGUGAAGUUCUCUGGGACGUGAAAGUCAAGUGUCGACCGGAAGAACUGGUCCAUUUCUCUGCACCGUCUGGACAGACCUGCGGGGACUACGUGAGUCGGUUUCUUGCAGACGGGACGGGGUCCGUCGUGAAUUCGAAUACUACAGAUUGUGCGUUUUGUAAGUAUUCCACUGGGGCGGAGUAUGCGAAGACGUUUAAUAUGAAAGAGAAGUAUUAUUCUUGGAGAGAUACGGGGAUUACGGCGCUGUUCUGCAUUACUUCGUAUGCGUUGGUGUUUCUGAUGAUGAAGUUGAGGAGUAAGAAGACUAAGAGUGCGAGGGAGGAUUAA